AUGUCUCUCGUCGCUGGUCCUGGACGCGGCGGCGUCCUCUCUACACUCCCCACCGAUCUUCAACUCUACGUCCAAAAGCACGUCGAUUACAUCCAGUCCCUCGAUACGCGCAAGGAUGAACUCGAAUACUGGCUCACCGAGCACCUGCGCAUGAGCGGCAUCUACUGGGGCGUCACUCCACUAUACCUGCUCGGCCAACCUGAUGCCUUGCCCAGAUCUGGCUUGCUAGACUUCGUUUUCUCCUGCCUACACGAAAAUGGCGGCUUCGGUGCUGCGCCAGGCCACGAUCCACACAUGUUGUACACCGUCAGUGCUGUCCAGAUACUUGCAAUCCUCGAUGCCUUCACCGAGCUAGAGCAAAGAGUGCCUGGGGGCAAGCAUCGCAUAGGUCAAUUUAUCGCCAGUCUACAAAAGCCUGAGAACGGCACCUUUGCUGGUGACCAAUGGGGCGAGACCGACACUCGAUUUCUUUACGGUGCGUUUAAUGCCCUCUCCCUGCUCGGUCUGAUGCACCUGGUCGAUGUCGACAAGGCCGUAAAACAUGUACAAUCCUGCGCAAACUUCGACGGUGGCUACGGAACGGGUCCAGGAGCAGAGUCUCAUUCUGGUCAAGUCUUCACAUGCGUUGCAACGCUUGCUAUCGCGAAUCGCCUCGACCUUGUCGACAUCGACAAGCUUGGUGGCUGGCUCAGCGAAAGGCAACUGCCUAACGGCGGCCUCAACGGCAGACCAGAGAAGCUCGAAGAUGUGUGCUAUAGCUGGUGGGUCGUGAGUAGUCUGGCAAUGAUCGAUAGGACCCACUGGAUCGACCAGGCCAAGCUGGCAGAGUUCAUUCUGAAAUGCCAGGAUCCUAAUAUGGGCGGUAUUUCAGACAGAGCUGGCGAUAUGGUUGAUGUGUUUCACACACAUUUCGGUAUUGCAGGUCUCAGUCUACUGCAAUAUCCAGGGCUGCAAGAGAUUGACCCUAUCUACUGUAUGCCCAAAGCCGUGACUGACCGCGUACUGAACCGCAAAAAGUAA